GGACGGAGAUGCUUGAAACUGGUAGUCGAUUGUGAUUGGUUCCUUGGUAUUUCUUGCGUUAUACUCGACUGAACUCUAAAACAAACAUGUCUAACUCGUGGUCACAUGUAGGUGAAAUUCGGUCUUACCAUCCGCUAAAUGCAUAAUUCUCGCGCGCAUGUUAUAACGAUGGGACUUGGCGAAUGCCAUGGAAGAAACGAGUGAUCCGUCUUGUAGAAAUAUCAAAGUUAUCCUAGUCGGCGACAGCGAGUGUGGUAAAACUGCGCUUUUGAAUGCGUACGUAAGAAAUCAAUUCAAUGAGAAAUACGAAGCAACGGUAUUCAACAGUUUAUCGACCGCAGUUGAAGUGGACGGGGAACGGAUAGAACUCACUCUUUGGGAUACAUCUGGUCAUGAAGACUAUGACCAUGUCCGUCCCCUCUCCUACAACAACGUGGAUAUUGUGCUAAUUUGUUUUGACAUCAGUCGACCCAAGACAGCUGAUAGUAUUUUAGAAAAGUGGAUCAUAGAAGUAUGUGACUUAUGUCCAAACAAACCAGUGCUUCUUGUCGGAUGCAAGCAAGACCUUCGCUCAGAAGUCAACAUAGUAUCCAAACUGGCCAGCAAGGUGUGUCAGCAGCCUGUAACUUCACUUGAGGGUAGGAAGCUUGCUGAUAGAAUUUGUGCACUAGAUUACAUUGAAUGCUCUUCAAAGACAAUGGACUUCCAAUUGGAGAAAGUAUUUGAAAUGACAACUUUGGCAGCAAUUAAUAAACUUAACAAUCAUAGAAAAUCAAGGAGGAGAAAACAAAGCAAAAGUGAAAGGGCUUGUGUAAGCUGUCUCAUUUCUUAAACUCUUAUAAGCAAUUUUUUUUUUUUGGGGGGGGGGGGGGUUGUAGAUCAACACAUUUAAUAAAUAAGUGGUUCAAUUUAUGCAAACUAUACAAAAUGUAUUUUUUCUUACAAAGAGUGGUCACAGGCAACCCAACUUCAGAGUGCUUAUUUUAUCACUAUAUUUUCUAUUUAUUAGUGUUGAUAAGACUACACGGCAGUAACAGAUCUAGUGAGGAUUUUAAAAAUAAUUAAUCAAAUAAACGUUACCUUUCAUGA